CAGAUAAUAUCUGAAAGGAGAGAGGUCUACAUGGCAAUCACUCGUUUGGGAAAGCGUACGAGGAACUCCAUGCUAAUUUCUCGUAACGAAUUAGUAUAUGUUUUUGUUUUUUAAUUAAUUUAACAACGCAGGUAUAACACCGUAAAAGGAAACUUCUUCUCCAAACUGUUCAAGUCACCUUCCAUGCUAAAGACCACAACACGUCUAAAACGCGACGUGUAUUUCCCUCUAACUUGCACCAGAAGUUAUCGUUCAAAGCUCCAAAGCAAAAUCUACGUACCGGUGCUAACGUACUAUCUCUCUAGCUGUCGCUUCUCAAUCAUCUUCUUCUUCUCUCUAUCUUUGUCCAACCAAUCAUUCCUAAUUAUACGUUUAUCAUAUAUUUAUACUUUUUUGCUAAAAUAUAUAUUUAUAUUUUAAUCACAAUAAAUCAUACACCGCCAUACCAAAAAAAGAAGAUAAAGACGAAGAAACAAGAAGCUUUACUAUUAUUAUCACCUGAAUCACAUCUGCCUUUGAGCUCCAUCAGAUGAUGAAAAUGAAGAAUUUUAUUGGUUCAAGAUUAAAGUCUUUCUCAGCAAGACAAGAUAAUUCCGAGAAGGAAUGUCGUCGUAGCUUGACGUGCAAGCAAAGUGUUAACGAGGAGUACAAGGAAGCUUUCAGGACAAACUCCUACUUAGAGAUUCGGACAAAAGCAGAAGAUCAGUUAGGCAUUACAUUCUCUACCAAACUCUCUUCUUCUUCUCCUUCUCCUUCUCCUUCAUCCUCAGAUCUGAGCUUCCAUUCACACUUCACCGAUUACUUGCUCGACCCUCCUCAAGAAACUCUCGAUACUCUUACACAAGACACGAGUUUCCACAAUCUUCUAGUUAAAUACUUUGACUUUAGCUCCGAUGCUUGUGAUGUAUGUGAGUCUCUCCUUCAAUGCAUCCAACAAAUUAAGAUCAAUGACAUGAAACUCAAAAGGGUUAUCAAGAUUGGGAAAAGGGUUUGUAAUGGUGCUAAAACCCCGGACCUCUGUGCUUUGAUAUUUCAAGAGCUCUCGAGAUACGCCUUGCUGAAAAACCCUUUAUAUUGUAUCAUCGACAAAGCUCAGUUCCCCAGAGUUCAUGAUGCAAACUCGGAUUUGCUCGCUAGAUUGACAUCGAAAAGGAGAAGAAUCAGAAGAAAAAUAUGGUUCUUUACAUUUUGCAAGAAUCUAGGAGGUUGUAGUCUAGUGGAUAUUGCAGCUAAAGCAACUUUCAUAAUGAUGAAUGAUUUGGAUACUCUGAGUAGACUUGCCGGGAGACUAUUCGAUGAGAUAGAGCAUAGAAAAACCGUAGCUGCGAUGUGCGCAAAGAGUGGGAAGAUUGAAGUGUUAAAGGAAGCCUUGAGAGUGUUUAAUGGACAUCAAGAAAGAUUCUCAGAGCUGUUGCAAGAGCUUGAAGAACAUCUAUACCUAUGUUUCCACACUAUUAAUAGAUCAAGAAGACUAGUGUUAACGCAAAUCACGGGACCAAAUUCUUGAUUAUUUGAUUAUUUUGGUUCAUCAAAAUAAAUACUUGUGUAGGGCUUAUGAAUUAAGUAUCAUAAAAACGUAAGAAUGUCUUUUAUUGGUUUCUUCAUGAUUAGUUAAACGAAAGAUGUUUUAGAAAAUAUUUGAAGUUUC